AUGCAAGACACACUCACCAGCAUCAGUUCAUCUCAAGCGGUGGACCGUGUCGCACACCUCGUCACUCUUGCCUUCACCGUUAACAUGGGAAUGUUGAGCGUAGCAAUGGUCGUGUUGGUGGUGAGCGUCGGGGUGGAGUCCAGCCCCCUGAUGCGCCAGAGUGUGUUCAGCGGACCUCCCAUGCACCGGGUGGACAUCUGCAUCCUGGCCUGCGACGCCUGCUACAAGGGUGACGCCCUCCUCAUGUGUGCCAAUUCCUGCCUUAAGGACGAGGGAAGGAUGAACUUCGAGUGGAGUGCCACCUGUCCGUUCUUCGACUCCAGCAGGAAAUGAAGUCACCAGCCAGUCACUGGCUCACCUUCCCCCCAUCUUAUGAGGACCCUUAUAAACACAGUCCCUCCAUCUCUCUACACCUAGCAACGUUCCCUACCUACUAUCCCUGACCAAAUAAGGGACCCUUCUGAUAAACCUUAACAAACCCCAAAGUAUAUUUUAAGGCCUAUAUACUCAUGAACCUAACUCCAUUCAACCUGUAAAAUAACUCACCCACAAAUGAAAUGAAAAUGGUGAUGUUUGGGUCCGUUCCUUGACUAUUUUAUCAAGUGUCCAGGAGAGGGCGAAACCUCGCCACAUUCAUCGCACAAGACAUGGUUGGGAUAAUUGUUCCUAUCCCGUUAAUGUAAGUUAUUCUCUCCGUUCUACCUGUCUGAGACAUCCAUCUACCCCCCUGAACACCUGUCCACCGUCCCAUGACUGAUGGGAGCUUGCCCUAUAUUGUCUCCAACGUCCCUUAUUUAGCUAAGGAUGUGUGUGUAAACAAACACACGUGUUUGUUUCAUGUUUACUCUGUCAUGUUUGUGGCUCCGCUCUCGUUUCUUUAACAUGUUCCUCGUGCGCUUUACCUCCAUUGGUCAUACUGUUAAAAUAAAAAAAUAUGUGUAUAUAUAAAA